UCGAGAUCUGAGCAAUGUUUACAUUUUGAGACGGGGAAAAUGGCGUCGUCUGCAAGUGAAUGCGGAACUGCAAAAUCGGAUCAAAAUACGGAAAUCAGAAUUGAUUUAGACCCAUCACAGCACAGAAAAUACACAUUUCCAACCGAACAGAUUCCAAGGCUAGAUGUGUCGGAUCCUAAAGUCAGCGAAUAUGUUCGAGAAGGGAAACCAGUGGUGAUCACGGGAUCCAAUCUGGUCCAGACAGCCCUAAAAUGGGACCUGGACUACUUAGAGGGGAACCUUGGCAAGGGCAAAUUCAACGUGUACGUCUCCAAGAACCACCGCUUCAUGUACUUUGACGACAAGAAGGCUAGGAUACAGAAGGAAUUCACGCCCAACACGAGGCUCAUGGAGAUGACGUUCCUGGAGUUUGUUCAGCUUUUGGAAGAGAAGAAAGGUGGCACGGACAAGAUAUACCUCCAGCAAGCUCUGAAUGACUCCGUAGGGCCAAACAUUGUGGAAGACUUUGUGAGGUUCAACUGGAAUUGGGUAACAGACUACCAGAAGAAGAACAACUGGGGACCACUCACAUCCAAUCUUCUUCUCGUAUCAAUGGAAGGAAACGUAACUCCAGCUCACUAUGAUGAGCAAGAGAACUUCUUUGCUCAGGUCAAGGGUUAUAAGAGAUUCAUCAUGUUCCCACCCGAUCAGUUUGAAUGUAUGUAUCCGUAUCCAGUCCAUCAUCCCAAUGAUAGACAGAGUCAGGUAAACUUUGACAAUCCGGAUUACAAGAGGUUCCCAAAGUUCCAAAAGGCCAAAGGAGUAGAAGCCAUUGUCGGUCCAGGAGAUGUCAUAUACAUUCCAAUGUACUGGUGGCAUCAUGUCGAAUCUCUCUUACAUGGUGGAGUGACGGUAUCAGUGACAUUCUGGUUCAAGGCUGGAACAGGACCGAAGCAGGUGGAGUACCCGCUAACAUCGCAGCAGAAGGUUUCCAUCACACGGAACAUUGAGAAGAUGAUGUUUGAAGUGCUCAAGGAUCCAGAAGAGGUUUCAUCGCUCUUUCAUCUCAUCGUUGAUGGUCGUUAUGACAACCAAGUUGACCCCAUGCCCCCUUCGAGUUAGCAUCCAGGCAGCCACACUCAUUCCACCUACGAGCAAUAGUUCACCUCAAUCCAUGAUCUACCUAAUUCAAUCAGCUGAUUUAUGGAAAAAUGUCUGUUGACUGACAUCUAUGAUUAUUGUGAUAACUAAUGAAUGUUGAGAUAAGCGUAGAAAUCAACCUUCAUAGACAUCAGAUGCCAUAGAUGAUCUUAUAGUUUUUAUUACAUCCUACUUAAAAUGAAUCCUGUAUUACUGGUUCAAAUAGCAUCACGUGACCAAACUUAUACUAGCUGCGAUGUUGAAACAAAACAUCCAGAAAGAAACUCUGACGUUCCUGAUGGAGUAGUGCACUAUUCCAUCAUUGACGUCACAGAUCAAGCAAUCUCUCGGACGCGCCGGUCAGCGAGCUUCUCUUCCGGGCAAAUCCUGCGAUGCGUUUGCUGAGGUUCCACCGAGUGUGGUAGCUAAGGGAAAAGUAGGUCAGUCAUUGCAAGUAACUGGACUCUGUAAGCUCAGCGCUAUAGAUUUUGGUCCCAACCUAUUAAAAGUGGGAUAUAAAACAAAUAUACCAGGUGCUUCUUUCAACAGUAUAGAUGGAAUUAUUCAUCCUAGCUUGGACUGGCAAUAUUAUUUUUCCCUUGUUUCUCCAUCCCUUGAUAAAUAUAGCAGUUGCCAGUUCAACCUCGGACGACUAAUUUCCUCUAUACUUCCCCAGAGCCCGGUGUAAUAUCAUAUUAACCCAUAGGGUGCAGUCUUUCCUUUCACUUUAAAAGUUUCUCAUAAUCUCGGAUGCCAGUAACUACAAAUGGAAUAUGAUUAGAAAGUGAAAAACAUACUUCAAAAUUUGGUACCAUUCCUAGUACAAUAAGUUGAGCUGUUUCUGAACUAAAUCCAUUAAACUUGAGCCAGUCAUGACACACUCUAAAUUAGCAAUAAGAUGAAAACAUCAAAACCACUGUUUUAAAAUGCAAAUUGGCAACUUUUCAGUAAAUCCAUUCUUUACUCCUUAAUUUUGUCUCAUGUUAUAUCCAUAUUUCAUUUUCCCAAAUCAUGAAAGUCAAUAGAAAAUUAAAUGAACCUUGCCAAUUUGAGGAACAUAAAAGAUCCAUUUUGACCUUGUGAAAUCUGUGUGUUUCUAUGGGUUAACCCUCAAUCUCCCGGGGUAUUUUGAUUCUUGUCAUUCCCGGGGGGGCCAUUAUGGCCCCCCUUAAGAUCUCAGCCGUGGAUUGCGCGAUCACAACGAAAAUUUGCAUGAUGGUAGAGAAUGACGUAAUCUACGCAGUUGCAUUGGUAAAUUUCACUGAAUUCAUAUAUUUUUAUUUUAUAUGAAUUAAUUAUGCUCAUUUAUUCAUGAAAUCAUACUUUUUGCUCUGAUUCACUAAAUAAAGCUCCUAGAAUGCUAUUUUUUUGGUGAAAAUAUUCUUUAUAGCAUUCCUAACAAUUGUGAAUGAACAAAAUUCUGGUACCAAGACCGAUUUCUUAUGUAUUUUAUUGUUUUUUAAAUUUCUUAUGUAUUUCUUUGUUUUUUUCCUUUUUGUUUUUUAUUGUUUUUUCGAUGGAAAUCGUUCCAGACUUAAUUCUGAUCAUAAACAAGGCAAAAUUAAUUAAGUUUAAUCAUUAAAAGUAGAAAUAAUGAUAUAUUUAUGAAUUUUGGCCAAAUACACAAUUUGCAUUGGAUUUGUACAUGAAAUCACGUUUAUGAGCAAUUUUGGGUCUGACAUGCACUUACAUAAUGUUGCGUAAUGUCGUAACCGCAUACCCGGGCGUCACAAAUUUGGUCUCAAAAUUUGCGCGAGACUUGAAAGUAAAAAGUCAGUGAGCGGCGAGGUCAAAAAAUUUUGCGCAGCAGAUAUAUCGCGAAAAUUGUCGAGGGGGGGGGGCCAUAAUGCCCCCCCCCCCCCGGGAGAAUUAGGGUUAAAGGCAGCAAUCUCUUCUUGAGGGGAAAGUGGAAACAAUCGUUACGAGUUUUUAGGUUCUUUCCUUUCAUGUCAUCUCGAAAGAAUAUUUCAGUAUAAAAAAACCCACUGCAUGCAAGGAACAAGCCAAUGAAAAAUCAUGCUUUUAUCUUUUUAGCAUAAAGAUGCUUAAUGUCAACAUUAUAAUCCAAUCAUGUUGUUCACAUGAAUCUUACCAAAAAUUCGGAUAACAGAUCACCAGUCAACCAUACUGAAUUACAUUUAGGAGUCGAGAACCUGAAUUUUUACCCUUCAGAGCUCAUGUUUAGAUAUGACUUUCAUAUUUUUGAAGUGCGCACACAAAAGUGUGAUUGCUCCCAUAUAUAUUGCUGCGUAGUAUGUCGUGCUAGGUUGCAGAUUGGUGCAUUCUGCCAACUCAUCAAUCUGCAGCUAAAAACACAACGAUGGGAUCCAUGCUAUAAGCUGCAAUGUUUAAAAUAAACAACAAAAAAGUGAGUGAAUAUAUAUUUACCUUAAUAUACAGUACCACACUUUCAUGGUGUCAGCAUUAGUUUGAGAUGAAGCAAAACAGAAUGAUAGCUGUCUUGGAUGAAUAGAUUGUUAUGUUGCCCAAGGAAAUAAUAUAGACAGUUAAAAUGGUGAACAAAAUAGGUAAUGCCCAGUAAUGUGAUAUCUAUGAUAAUAAUAUCAAUAACGCAGUUUUUGUAUAGGCGCAUAUCACAUUAUGAUGUCCUAAUAACGUUCCUUUACGCUUACAAAGGACUCGAAUAUCAUCUUUAUAUUUGGUUGUUUGUGAAGUGAAUCAGUUGUUUGAGUGAAUUGCAUGGUAUAUGAAUUGUGAUAUUCAAAACAGUGAAAAGGUUAUGACUGCCUCUGUCUCCCCUAGAGAUGUUUUUUUUAAUUAUUAUUAUUAUUAUUUAUUUGACUAAAUCAUGAUACAAACAUAGAUGACAUUAUACAUGGUAAAAACAAACAAUACAGAAUGGAGCAGUGCUACAUGCUGGUCAGGGGUGAUAAAAGCAUAUAAUAAAUAGCUGUUGCUCGGAAGCAUAUCACCCCCCGCAUGUAGCACUGCGUACAAAUAUCAACUUAGAAAACAAAUUACACAAAAUAUAAUCUAGCCCAAUGUUUGGCGAAAUUUCUAUGAAAUAAUAAUGAAAUGCAGAAGCUGAUUGAUGUUUACAUAAAACUAGAGAAUGAUUGAAAGUAAUAAUUAGAAAGACAGUCAUGUGAUUGUGAUAGUUGGGUAGUU